AUGGCUGCUGCAAAGAAUACAAACGCUGAGAUAGGCCGUAGUAAUUUAGAGACAUUUUCUCUUAUUUGGCUUGAUGCAGAAGUCAAUACAACAGAAGAGAAUAGGCGUGCUCAAAAUCGACUUCGUUCAAUCAUCAAUCAACUCAUCAUAUUUCAUAAUCCAAACGAAUGUCGACAAUAUAUAAUGUCUUGUUCUAUAGAAGAUCGACUCAUUCUUAUCGCUAGUGGUCGAUUAAGCAAAGAAUUAGUUCCUCAGAUUCAUCAUCUUCGACAGCUUUCUGCUGUUUAUAUCUUUUGUCGGGAUAAACAAGCAUAUAAACAAUGGGCUAAAGAGUUUAAUAAAAUAAAAGGUGUGGUCAUUCUGCUUGAUGAUCUCAUUAAUCAAAUCACACUUGAUCAACAAGAUGGAGGAAUCCAAGAAGAACCAAUGUCUAUGACUUUUUACAAUGCUAGUGGUAAAGCAGAUAAAUCAACAACUGAACUUAAUGGUCAUUUUAUUCAUUUUCUAUUAUUAAUCGAUGUUCUUCUUAGAAUGGAAUCUAGUGACGCUGACAAAAAACAACUCAUUGAAAUUUGCAAAGACACAUUUGAUGAUAAUGAACCUCAACUAGCCAUUAUUCGUGACUUUGAACGUAAAUAUAAAUCCAAAAAAGCUAUAUGGUGGUAUACUCGUGAUGCAUUUUUAUAUAGAAUGUUAAACAAAGCUUUGCGAGUACAGAACACUGAAUUAUUAUUAUUAUUUCGUUUUGUAAUUCGUGACAUUCAUGAACGACUAAAAAAGCAUCAAUGUCAAAAUCCUAUUCGUGUGUAUCGUUAUCAAACUAUGUAUGUUGAUGAAUUGAAUGCUCUUAAACGAUCGGUCGGUCAAUUCAUCUCGAUUAAUUCUUUUUUCUCGACUACUGCUGAUCAUGAUGUAGUAUUAAAGUUCUUGAAGCGUUCGAAAGUUUCGAAUAAUUUUCAUCGAGUAUUAUUCGAUAUUAGAGCUGAUCCUCAUGUUGUGAAAUCAAGACCAUUCGCUGAUAUUAGUUCGCUUAGUUACUUCCCUCAUGAAUCUGAAAUAUUAUUUAUGGUUGGAUGUAUAUUUCGUUUGACUAAUAUUCAUCGAGAUGAUAAUGAAAAAGCCUGGAUAAUUCAAAUGCAGUUAGCAGAAAAUAAUGAUAAUAAUUUGAAGAAGCUUUUCGAUCAAUUGAAAUCAGACUGUGGAGUUGGUACGGAAGAAGUUGAUCUCAAGUCUUUUGGUGAUGUACUACAGCAAAUGGGAAAAUAUGACUUGGCAGAAAAAAUAUAUAUCGAUCUACGUCGAAAGUAUUCUCCCAAUGACUCAUCACAUGUUCACUUAUGUGUCUCAUUUGGAAUGCUGUAUAAAGAAAGAAAGGAUUUUGAUCGCAGUCUACUAUGGUUUCAAAGAGCAUUGGAGAAAAAACUUCGAACGGAACCAUCUGAUUUGAUCUACAUUGGUGGUCUCCAUUGUUGUAUGGGGAGUGUUCAUUUGGAAAAGAAUAAUUUUAUUGAAGCAACAAAAUUUUACAAUACAGCAAUGGACUGCUACAAGCGCGCGAAUGCUACAAAUCAUCCAGAUAUAGCUUCUUGGUUUUAUGGUGUCGCUCGUAUCUGUUGCGCUCAGAAGCAAUACUCAGAUGCAUUGAUCUAUUAUCAACGCUCAUUGGGUAUUCAAAAGCAGCAUUUACCUUCUAAUCAUCCAGAUAUGGCGACAAAUCUUAUUGGCAUAGGUGAUGUUUAUCGUCUUGUUGGUCAGUAUGAUAAUGCCAUGAACCAUUACAGAACAGCGCUCGAUAUUAGACAAAAAUCACUACCUCCUCAACAUCAAGACGUUGGUUCAAGUAAUAAAAAAAUUGGUCUGUUAUAUGAAACGGUGAAAAAUUGGAAAGAAGCGUUAGAAUAUUAUAAAAAGGCAGCCACUAUCUAUCGUCAAUCAUUAUCACCUGAACAUUCAAACGUGACUGACAUUGAAAGAGACAUUGAACGUGUCUCCUCUAAAAUGAGAUAA